CAGUAUGCAAAACUGGACGUGGUUUUCUGACAAGACAACAUAACACACACACCCUGAAACAGUUCAUUUACAUAACCAUAACUCCGACAAAAGGUUGACAGGCAUUACACUUGAACACAUAUACAGCAUAUACGCACAUGCAACCGGGCACACACACACACACAUUCUUUUCUCGGACACAGAGCUUUUCCUACGCGUGCCUAACAGUUGCUUGCUGGAUAUAAUGUGAUGAGGACAUACCCAUCCUUUAAUGUCUUAUUUUCACCCACAAGAGCACUCGGCAGCCAGUUCCUCUUAGAACCAAAAGAUGUCAGACACCAACUCCUCCUCAACAAAUACUAAUACUGAUGAGUACAACACAGUCCUCCUUUCCAUCUACUCUGUGGUUCUGUUCAGCGGGACCAUCAGCCUCAGCCUGAUAAUGCGCAUCAUGAAGUCCAGCUCAACAUCCAUCACUUCUAUCGCUGUACUCAACCUCAUCUUCACCCACUUCAUCUUCCUUCUCACAGUGCCCUUCAGGAUUUACUAUUAUGCGACAAGUAACUGGAACCUGGGCUUCGGGUGGUGUAAAGUGGUCAGCAGCAUGAUCCACAUCCACAUGUACAUGUCUUUUAUCUUCUAUGUUAUCAUCCUCAUCACACGCCUGAUGAUGUUCUACCACAAACCUGAGCAGGAGGCCUCCUUCCAGAGGAUUCAUGCAUUCCUUAUCAGUGCUGUGGUGUGGAUGGUGGUGCUUGUUGUGUUCCCUUGCAUUAUCAUUUUGUCCUACGGCAAAAACAUUGAAAACUCGGGCACAAACAAUAGCACGAACAAUAACAAAUGCUUCCACUUUGGCAAAAACAUAAAAAACCAGUCUAUUGCCAUAGUGUUCAAUUACAUCAUAAGCACAGUGAUCAUAGUGGUGGCCAUCGUGCUGACAGCCCUCCAAGCCAAUGUCCUGAGGGUUUUAUACAGGAAGCAUCAUCAGGGAUGCACCUCUCAGCAAGACUUCGGGGCUCAGCUGAAGAGUCUUUGCUUUGCCCUCAUCAUGGUGAUCUGCUUCAUUCCCUACCACUUGUUCCGGCUGCAUUACUUAGAACACGUAGAAGACCUGCAGAGUGCCAAUGAAGUAUUCCUGAGUUUGACCACUUUUAACUGUUUGGACAUGCUCACGUUCUUGGGGAGGAGAACUUGUUACAUGUGCUUCCCCAGAAAGCCUAUUUGAAAACUGUUAAUAUGAUGUGUGUGAGGGGGUCAAGAGAUUUAAUUUGCUUCAUUUUGUAACUUCAUUUUACUGUUCUUCAUUGCCUUGUCGAAGUUUUUAAUAAGAAAAUUGCUUAUGUGCAUCUCCACAAAAAUGGACAAUAGAAUGUAACAAAUAUUCAAAAGCACAUAUUAGCAAUUAUUAAAAUCAAUUUGACUAAAUUAAGAAAACAUAAAAACACACAAAAAAAGGAUUGUUGAAACAUAUACGUCGCAGGAGCUACAAUACAAUUUAAAAAGAAAGAGUGUGAUGGGUCAGCCAUAAUUUUCUGUGCCUGGUGUUUGAUGCAUGUAGGGAGGAUAAGGAAUGAAGGCACCAGUUAUCUAUCAAAGAUGCUAUACGAACAACCAUGUCAUACUUUCUCCUCUCAUGCACAGUAUAGUUGCAUUAGCAUCAACUGUGUAGAUGUGAAUGUUUGCUUCUACAGUCACACAGAAUGUUUUCGACUUGGACGCAAAAAAAUUAAGCAUCAAAUGUUUUUUAGAUGGUGGCUGUAGUGGUGGUGUUGGGCAGAUGUACUAUGCUUGGCUUAGUUAUUUGUACCUCUGUUGCGUCAUCUCCAUUUUUUUUUUUAUGUGAACGUGUUACUUUUAAGAACUGAACCUUGGAUGUUAGAGUUAUGUGGUAUGUGUCUUAACAAGCAGACUACUGAUGCACCCCUUAAACUGUGUUGCUACUGAUCAAACUACUAAAAGAAUCUGACAGGAGUGGAAACUGUCCUUUGCUUUUGACUGAAAAUGAAUGAACUCUUGCCACCUGCUGGUCUUUGUAUAGACUACAGGCUUAAAGCUUAAAAUUUGUAAAGCUAGAUUAUGCCAUUGAUUGUUAGGUUCUCUCAUUUUGCAUGUGACUUCAUGUGAAUGACAUGUGAGUGUAAAUGAAAAAAUCUACAUAUUUCACUAUAUUUGCUAACACUUAAACCCUGUGUACAUAGCUGUAGUGUUCAGACUAACAAG